GGUCAAGAUUUAUUUCUCUUUGUUUUAAACUCGUUUGAAAGAUAGUAAAGUAGUGAAAAUUCAUUUAAUAGCGAUUUAACUCUGAUGCUGACCAUUUUUGUCAAUUGCGAUACGUAAAGAAACAAAUCACCAAAUCUAAAAGUUAGUUAGUUGGUGUACAGAUUUAUUUCUUCUAUGCUUCAAGCAUUGAAUGACUAACAAUAAGUCUAACCUGACUUUAAUUCGUACUUGGAGCAAUUGAGUAUUAUACGAAUGAAUAAAAAUUGUUAAUUAAAAUGCACACGUUAUAUACUUUGUAUUGUGACCAUAACCUAAUCUGAAAGGCACAACAUAAUAUAUUCAUAAUUUAAUAUUGGAUAAAUAAAAUUACUUUUAUCAAGUGAAAUUUGGAGAUAUUUAUUAAAUGAGAAACAAGAUGACUGAUUAUUUAAAGCAGCCAGUGUUUUUUGUUGGAGAAAUUGAGGAGGAUAUUAAUUUAUCCUUACCCCCCACAUCUGGAGAAGAAUAUAUCAAAAGAGUGAUGAUAGAGACACAGAACUGUGCUGAUAUUGUAGUAGCUGACAUUGAUAGGAAACAUUUUAAAAAGCCUACGAUCGAUAUUGAACCUUUAUCAGGUUGUGUGGAGGCACCACCAAAACUUGGCCCUACGCUUGAUUGGCAGUUAUAUCAAGUGUCAGACUUCUCCAAUAUCAGAUUAUACAUAAGCCAAUUAAAGAAUGAAAUUCAAACAUCAAAGCGCCAAUGGAGACCUCCAGAGAUUGAUAUGCCCAGUAUAGAUGAUGAGAAAGGUUGGAUCAAAUUCUGUUCUGGUAAUGAAACAGAAGGGACAAGAGUUCUUCCAACAUUGGAUGUUAUCUUUUCUUUAAAUCAGCCAAUGAUAGAACAAAUAUUGGAAUAUUUAGUGGAAUACAUAGAAAGAUUGGAAAAGAUUCAAUAUGAAUUGGGUCAAUGGUUAUACGCAUUACUGGUUGUUUUGGAAAUGCCACUAAUUCCAGAAACAUGUUCCUGUUUGCGUUCACUGGCUAGAACCUGUUCUGUCAUGCGUGCAAAAUCGACGAAAUUGGAAGUACAUGAAAUAGGGGCGCUGAAUUUAUUUAUAUGUUUAGUUGCGCGAUAUUUCCGCCAGCUGGACUUGGCCGAUGAUUUUUGAAAUUUAAUUAAUGUGCAAUUACUAUUAAUAUACUUUAUGUAAGUUUUAAUAAAAUCGACUUUUUAAUACAUC